GCUGUCGCAUGAUGAUAUGACCGUAAUGUUGACUCUCAAGUAGUCGGAGAUCAUUCAGAGUCUACUGCGACAAAAUAUGAGUUUUAGUCGAAAAAUUAAGGAAGAAACAAGGAGUCAUUUACGUUUGCAUUUUCUAAACGCUUUGGCUUAAUUUUCGUCCAAGCAGGAAAAGAGAAUCGGACAUUUUAGCUGCUCAUUUGUAUUGUGUGGAUCAUGGAGUCCACGUCCGGUACCGGUACGUGACUGAGUGAGAAUUCGACGAGCACUGAGCUGAGCUGUGCUACCGUAACGGUACCUGCAUGCUGAGCAAGCUGAGUACGAGUUGAGGCGAGCGAUCCGCUAGCCGCCACUCAUCCUACGAUUACGAACGAGGUUAUAUUAUAAUAUAGCCGCUAGGUUCCGUAUUGUGUACAACAAGUCUACAAAUCAUACACAGCAUUGAUAAGAAAAAAAAGAUGGGGGAAAGUCAAGGAGCAGCAGUUGUGAACGAGACUGACUUGCGUCAAAUAUUGGAUCACUUCUCUAAGACUCAAUACAGAGCUCGUGAUGGCAGUAGCAAAGUUGAAGGAUUUGAGAGGAAAUGUUUGGCUUUAUUUGCAAAGGAUUACAAAUACUCAGUAAUCCUGAAUUCCAAUGGGGAGUUAUGUGGUCACUACCCAGGCAAGCUAGUUGUACUAGAGUAUAUGCUUGGAACAGAUGGGCUGCUGGGAGAAAGAGACCAUGUGGAGAGUAUGUAUGAUGUUGCCAAGCUGAGAGAGAUGAUGUGCCGCUCAAGAUUUGCAAGGUGUAGGGAAAGAUUUGUCAUGCCAGUUAUCCUUUGUGAUGGCAAGCAUAUUUGCAGAUCAGCCACUCUCUCUGGAGGGCCUGAAAUAUAUGGGCGUUCAGGAUUCAAUUACUUUUUCUCAGGAGGUGAAAGUGCAGAACCAGAGGAUGAAGAAACUUUUACCAGUCUGAGUAGGAGUCCAUCUACAAGUAGCAAUGAUUGGCCAUUGUUUGACCGGUACAGAGGUCAAGAUAUCAAGUUGUUGAAGAUGCUGUCUGUGACGACUGUAUGUGACCUUAUGCUGGAGAAUAAGAAAGUCAAGUUUGGAGUCAAUGUAACAUCAUCAGAGAAAGUUGACAAGGAGCAUCGGUACUCUGAUUUCUGCUUGCUAUCAUUGCCGUAUCCUGGAUGUGAAUUCUUCAAAGAUUUCAGAGAUAAUGGCUUCAAUGGUGUUAAUCUCUUCUUUGACUGGUCCCAGGACUUUGUUGAUGCUGAUCUGAGUAUUCCAGACAGAGUAGCCACUGCAACUGGCAUUGAUUGGCAUGUUUACAGGUCAUGGGAUCUGGUAAGGAUAACACAAAACUACUUGAAGCUACUCCUGUUCCUCAUCAAAGAUGGAGAUUCUGGUGUUUUAGUUCACUGUAUAUCAGGCUGGGAUCGCACACCUCUUUUCAUCUCUCUUCUCAGGCUUUCUCUUUGGGCAGAUUGCAAAGCCCAUGCAAAUCUCAGUGCAGCUGAAAUACUCUAUCUCACAAUAGCAUAUGAUUGGCUCUUAUUUGGGCACAAUCUAUGUGACAGAUUAGGGAAGGGAGAGGAUGUUUUCUUCUUCUGUUUCAACUUUCUGAAACAUAUCACAUCUGAUGAUUUCUCAUUAAUCCAAAGAAGUAGACGACACAGAGCAUCAAGUAGAGCAGACUCAGAAUCAUGUCUUGAACCUAUGGUGUUAUUAGAUCUAGAAGAAAGCAGAAAGCACAAAUUAGGCAGUAACUCCAGUCUUAGUAGUAACAUCAGUAUUACAAGUAUCAGUAGCACAAGUUCACCUAUCUUAACAUCUGUUCAAGACUCUAGCAGUAAAGAAGAGACAAGAAACGGGGAUAUUCAUCAAACGUCAAAUGGUGCUGUCAGAUAUAAUGUACCAAAGUCAUCAAUCCACCGGCCUGAGAGUGCAAAGCAAACAAUCAUCCAAUCAGCAACUAGUCCUGUAGCAGUACCCAGGUCAUGUCGAAGGUCAUCGGCUGAUAUGGCAAAGUCAACAUCAUCAGCAUGUGGAAGUUGGCAGAUAAUAUCAGGUACAGGGAGUGUAAAGGGGUACUUCUCCGCCCGAGACUCUCCUCUCACUAUCAAUUCAGACAUCUCAAGUGGAUCAUGUAGCUCAGCUAACAGCAACCCACCAAUACCUGAACACAUUCCUGAGGAGAGCUUAAGAAAACAGAGACUAGACCAAGUCCGUAUGGAGUUCAACAAGAUAUACUCAUCAGUGAUUGGACCAAGGUAUGCAAUGGAACCCAGCACUGGUUUAGGGAGUGUGAUAGGAAGCCUAGUUACCAAAGUAGGACUCAAAGGUGGAAGGGGACAAUAUGUAUAACACAUGACCUUUCACAUAUGACUCUAUCUUUGUGAUGCUCUAAUUCUUCAUUUUUCAGAGGUGCCUGUUAGGAGUGCAGAUGGCAUGUAAAGCACAUGGCAUGUUGCAUAUGACUCUGAUGUCUGUUUGUACAUGGAAUUUUACCUUUCACAAAGUCUUCACACUUGAGAGGCGGUGGUUGAAAUGAAAGAUGGAAGCCCAAGAUCUCUCACUUAUCACAAUACUUGUUCAGAAGUAGAAAGUCUUUUGGAGGUGGCAGACUAAAUACAUCACCCCAGGCAUAUUACAGAUGGCUUGAUCCAACUCAUCUGUGACUCCUCAAGCAUGAUAAUUUUUGAUUGAUUUGCAGCCCAAGUUCUCAAUUUCAAACUCCAGUAGAAUGUUUGUAAGUUUGAUUUUGAAAGCUGCCAUAUUUUUCUUGAUCAUUUAUGCAUAGAAUCUGAAAAGAUACAAUGUUUUUCUGGUAGAUUUUGUAAAUUUGGGAUGAAUACUGUCUGCUGAAGUGAAUACUGGUAUAACAAUUACUGCGAAUGAUUUGUAUGUCAUUUCCCCCAACACCAAACCUUCAGGAUUGGGAAAUGUGAUUUUUUUUUUGCAUUUCUAUGGUUACAUCCUGAAGACUCAUCAUAUUGGCAAGUGCUAUCAUUGAUGUGAUCUAUUGAGUUAUUCUAAAUCACAGCUGAUGGUAGAGCUAAAGGCCACCGCACAGAAUAAAAUGUAAUAGAAUUUGAUGCUAAUAUUGAGACUUGGAAUAUCUUACUGAGUAAUGUUCGAAAUCAUCGUACGAAUACCUAUGAUCAAAUUUGUGACUAUGCUAUCAUCCUUCUUAGAAUAAAAGCGAAUCUAAUGUCUAGUCGUAAUGACGUCAUAGCAGUCUUACGAUUGGCUACGAUUUGAAACUAAUUUGGACUUUACUCCAAAAUAAGGGCUUGCAAUCAUUCAAAAUUGUUAUGAUAUUAUUAUUUCAAUUAAUUUUAACCUCAAAUAUAAUGAUAUGUUCCAUUCACAUCUUCAGAAAAUGAGCAAAAUGCGAUUUGUUCCAAAAUCGGGUCGCAGACCAGUCGUAAGGUGUGCGGUCGCCUUAAGAUAUAUAGCCUCAUAUGUGCUUUCAGCAGCAAUACCAACAACACACGUUGCACUGGGAAUGAUCCACUGUCUCUAUAUCUUCUGAGAAAAACUAUAGGAACAGGUGUUUUAUGAUUGACACCCAUUUCUAUGGGAUGUUCAUUGAAUUGCGUAAAGAUGUUUUUACAUAAUAGGUCCCUGGCUGCAAAGUCUAGAUCUUGAAUUCAUUCCACUAUUGGCUCUGUAAUGAGUCCAGUCUGUUCCACCAGCUUAUGAAAUAACCUGUCAUAAUAUCGCUCAAUAAAAGGCAAUCAGCUUUAUUUUCGAACUUUACUCUGUAAUCUCCUUAUUGAUUGUAUUUAGACAGGAUAUAAAUUUUAUUAUAAAAGAAAUUGUCAUAUAGAGAAGAUUUGUUGGGAAGAUUUGGAAGAUAUAAAGUGUUAACAUAGUUUAAAGCCAUUACUGUUAGAAUAUAAAGAUCAUUGUGUAUUGAUUGGUGUACCAUGAUUAAAACACGUGUCUUAAGAAAGUAUUUUGAUGGUAGAAAAUAAUCAUAAUUUUGAAAAGGGGAUAUAUACUACAUUGUAGCUCAAACCUGGAAGGUCGCAAAUCUUGAGAAUGGCAAUCAGCUCGAAAAAGUAAUGUCAAUGCAGCAGAUCCGCAUACUACAACAUACUUGAGUGCCCCCUCCAGAAAAAAUGAAUAAGUAAAUGAAAAAAAAGGCAUGUUUUAUGUAAUAUUUAGGCCCAUUUUUAUAUGAUAAGCUAUAUGAUAGUCCUGAUAUUAGUUUUGUACAUUUUUUUUUUUUUUUUUUUUUUUUUUUUUUUAGUAAAUCCACUUCAAACCCACAACUAUAAAUGCCAAAAUAUAAAAAUCUUGCCAUUCCUGGUUAUUUCAGCUUAAUUGAAAUA